UUUUUAGUUGGUUCCGAGCAAAAUGAUAAGAUAGGUGUGACUCGGUUUGUGUUCGUGAUAUGUGAAAGAUAAGUUUAAUUAAUCGGUUGUGAUAUUACGAUAAAAUUGAUUAGUUAAGAUAAACCGAACCAAUAAGAAUGAAGUCCACAUCAUUUCUACUUCUUCCACUACUUAUUACCCUCAUAAAUUGUCAAGCACCGGCAAACGUAAUUCAAAAUCCUUGCGUUUCCAAAACAACAUGCCACGAAUGUAUUCAAACUCCAUCAUGUGCCUGGUGUAAAGCACCGAAUUUCGAUCAACGCACAAGAUGUUUUCAACCAUCCGGUCCGCAAAGUACAAUUUGCCCGGAACAAUUUAUCGUAAACCCGGAUAAUCUUCAACAAAUUAUGGUUCAAAAAGAAUUAUCAAAAGCGCAUUCUUCUGGUUCUGCUGAAGGGAGUUUCGGAGCUUCCGGAAGUAGUUCAAGUUCUUCAAGUUCGAGUUCAUCAAGUUCUUCUAGCGCAUCUGGAUCAUCUUCGUCAUCGGAAAUCGUUCAAGUUAGCCCACAAAGAAUUACAUUACAUUUACGAGCAAGACAAGCUUACACAAUUUCGAUGAUGUAUACUCAAGCUGAAGAUUAUCCGGUUGAUCUUUAUUAUCUUAUGGACCUUAGUAAAUCGAUGGAAGACGACAAAGAAAAACUUUCGAAACUCGGUAACCUUCUAGUCGAAACGAUGAGUAAUGUAACGUCGAAUUUCCGAUUGGGUUUUGGCAGCUUUGUUGAUAAAGUUGUUAUGCCUUACGUUAGUACAGUACCUUCAAAGUUGAAAGAACCAUGUUCUCAAUGCGAAGCACCAUAUGGAUAUCGAAAUCAUAUGACUCUCAGCACUAACACUUCCCAAUUUUCACACAUGGUAGAUAAAGCUUCGGUAUCGGGAAAUUUGGACGCCCCAGAAGGAGGAUUUGAUGCAAUUAUGCAAGCGAUCGUUUGCAGGAAUGAAAUUGGUUGGAGAGAACAAGCUCGAAGACUUUUAGUUUUUUCAACAGACGCUGGUUUUCAUUACGCUGGGGAUGGAAAAUUGGGUGGAAUAAUAACUCCAAACGAUGGAGAGUGCCAUUUAAAACACGGAAUGUACACUCAUUCUGAUUUAUUAGAUUACCCCAGCAUCUCGCAGAUAAACCAUAAAGUUAAACAAAACGCUAUUAAUAUUAUUUUUGCGGUAACUGAAAGCCAAAUUAGUAUUUAUAAAAGGUUGCAAGAGCAUAUUGAAGGAUCUUCAAGUGGACAAUUGUCAAACGAUUCCUCUAAUAUUGUAGAAUUAGUCAAAAAUCAAUAUGAACAAAUUUCGUCAACAGUUGAAAUGAAAGAUAACGCAACAAGCGCUGUUAAAAUGACUUAUUUUUCACAAUGUUUAAACACGACCGGUCCAGAACAAAAAACCAAUAAAUGUAGCAACAUGAAAGUGGGGGAUGUAGUAACUUUUAAAAUUCAAAUUGAAGUCACCGAAUGUCCAGUUAAUCCAAAAGAUUGGAAACAAACGAUUCAAAUAUAUCCAGUUGGUUUAAACGAGAGCUUAAUAGUCGAUUUAAAUAUGUGGUGCGCUUGUGAUUGCGAAUUACCUUCAGAUUCGUCUUACGAACCAAAUUCCCCAAUAUGUCAUCAUUCAGGAACAUAUAAAUGUGGAAUUUGCGAAUGUCACAAAGGAGCUUUCGGUCGUUUUUGUGAAUGUUCCACUGAAAAAUCCGAAGUUCAAGAUCAAAAGGGUUGUAGACCCAGCGCAAACGCCACGGUAGAUUGCUCCGGAAGAGGAACUUGUACAUGUGGUCGUUGCGAAUGUAACACUCGUGAUAAAGAAGAUGAAAUAGUCGAUGGUCCAUUUUGCGAGUGUGAUAAUUUCUCAUGCGAUCGACAUCAAGGGCUUUUAUGUAGCGGGCCAACUCACUCGACGGGAUGCUUGUGUGGAAAAUGUAUGUGUAAACCGCCAUGGACUGGAGCAGCUUGCGAAUGCACGACUUUACAAGAUACGUGUUUUGCCCCUGGAAAUGAUAAAAUUUGUUCGGGAAAAGGAGAUUGCGUUUGCGGGGUGUGCCAAUGUGAAAGUACAGAUGAAAUCCGAUAUUCAGGAAAGUUUUGCGAGAAGUGCCCCACUUGUUCAGAUAGAUGUGAAGAGUUGAAAGAUUGUGUUCAAUGCCAAAUGUGGAAAACUGGGCCGUUUAAGGAUAAUUGUACUGAAAGUUGUGUUAAUGUUACAACCCCAAUUACAGUUGAAUAUAUAGAUAAAAAUGAAGAUAAUGAUGAAACACUUUGUACCUUUUUGGAUGAAAACGAUUGCCGAUUUUAUUAUGUUUAUUACUUUGAUAGCAAUAAAAAAGAAAUUAUUAAAGCACAAAAAGAAUUGGAGUGUCCACCAAAAGUUUUAUUCACUGGAAUUAUUUUUGGUGUUAUUGCUGCAAUUGUGUUGAUGGGAAUGGCUAUUCUUCUUUUAUGGAAAUUGCUUACCACAAUUCAUGAUAGGAGAGAAUUUGCUAAAUUUGAAAAAGAAAGGAUGAUGGCCAAAUGGGAUGCUAGCGAAAAUCCAAUUUAUAAACAAGCAACUUCAACAUUCAAAAAUCCAACUUACGCCGGCAAAGGUUAAGCGAAAAGGAUCUGAAUUAUUUUAUUAUUUAAAAUUAAAAAAAAAAAGAUCUAAUUAUUUUUAUGUUGUAACUACACAACCAAAGUCAUCUCAUUUAAUUUUUUUCACAAUCUUCUCGUUAUGUAAUAAUCUAUUUUCUUCUUCUCUCAGCUUUGUAAAUAUUAACUUGUUCUAAGUCAGAUAAUUUUAUUUUCAAAUAACCUCUCUAAUACCUUUUUUAAAGUUUAUAUUUUAUUAUAGAAAAAAUUAGCAGCUUUUUGUAGUUGUGACUUUUAUAUUAUUUAUUUUAUUAAUUCGUGUUUAUUAUUGAAAAAUGAAUGUUAAAUCAAUCCAAUCUAAAAUAAUUUUAAAAACGCCUAAAAAUGACUGCCAUAAAAAAACGAAUCUAAGAUGAUUAACAUUAAAUCAAUAUCAAUUAAGGAUCACUUUUUUUUUGAACCUUAAUAAUAUUGAUUUUUUUGUUGAUGUCCUGCCUUAAAGCUACUUAGUAAUUAAGUACAUAGAGAAUAAGUAGAUCUAUUUAAAUGUUGAUGUGCCUAUAAUAUUUAUAAUAAUAUUAGUGUAAGUUUUAUUUUUUUUUUCUUAUUAAAAAUUUAAUUUUGUUGUAGUGGUUAACUUAAUUUUAGUACAAUGUGCCUUAAAACGCUUCAUCAACGUACUUAUGGAUUUGACAAAAAAAAAUGUUUAUUAAUAACUUUUGAGAGCUGAUUUUUAUCACAAUUUUAAGAUUCUUCAGAUUGUUGACGACUAAUCAUGAAUUUAUAAAUUAUUUACUGAAAUAUAUUGUCUUUGAACUUAGAGGAAUAAAAACAUUAAAAUCACUAAAA